AAGACAGAGAAUAUCAAACUUUACGUAAUCCAUAGUUGAAAACUGCAACUUGAAAACCAUCUUUUGUGAUUGGAAUGGAACACACCUCUGUUGAAUACUACAAAUUCAGACACAUUCAUUCUAUCUAUCCCCAUCUCUACAAUUACGUCAACACGGCACAACAAAAAACAUCAUCACCUCAAAACCUCUGUCUCUCACGCACAAUCCUUUGACCCAUCAUCAUUAUCUCAAUUCUCUCUCAGAUUGUACAUGUAAUCUAUAGAUAGAUAUACACUGUAAGAAAAAAACAGGUAGUUACAAAGCAACACAAAUGGUUGUGGCGGUUACUUUUCUUGUCUCCGUCGCUUUAUCACUGUUGGCAGCGGCGGUUGUUUCUGGAUCUCCGGCGACUCUCACAUUGGAAAGAGCGUUUCCGACGAAUCAUGGAGUUGAGCUGAGUCAUCUUCGUGCUCGGGACAUGUUCCGGCAUCGUAGAAUGCUGUCGGAAUCUUCAAACGGUGUCGUUGAUUUCUCCGUUCAAGGCACCUUCGAUCCCUACCAAGUUGGGCUCUAUUUUACGACAGUGCAGUUAGGUACUCCUCCAGUGGAAUUUAAUGUGCAGAUUGACACUGGUAGUGAUGUUCUCUGGGUCAGUUGCAGCUCCUGCAAUGGUUGUCCUCAGACAACUGGGCUUAAGAUUCAGCUUAAUUUUUUUGACCCCGGGCGUUCAUCAACAUCUUCAUCAAUCUCUUGUUCUGACAAAAGGUGCAAAGCUGGAAUCCAGACAUCAGAUGCCAGCUGUUCCAGUCAGAACAACCAGUGCUCUUACAGUUUCCAGUAUGGAGAUGGUAGCGGGACAUCAGGCUACUACGUGUCGGAUAUGUUGCAUCUCGACACUAUUUCCGAGGGAUCCGUGACGUCAAAUUCAUCAGCUCCUGUAGUUUUUGGUUGUAGUAACCAGCAGAGUGGGGACUUGACAAAAUCUGACAGAGCGGUCGAUGGGAUAUUUGGAUUUGGGCAACAGGAAAUGUCUGUCAUCUCUCAGCUCUCCUCACAAGGGAUUGCUCCAAGAGUAUUCUCCCAUUGUCUUAAAGGGGAUAGUAGUGGUGGCGGCAUAUUGGUUCUCGGCGAGAUUGUGGAGCCAAACAUAGUUUAUACUCCACUUGUUCCAUUACAGCCUCAUUACAAUUUAAAUCUGCAGAGCAUCUCUGUCAACGGCCAGACAUUGCAAAUUGAUUCAUCAGUUUUCACAACAUCAAACAAUAGAGGCACCAUUGUUGAUUCUGGAACAACCUUAGCGUAUCUUGCAGAAGAGGCUUAUGAUCCCUUUGUCAAUGCGAUUACAGCUGCAAUUCCACAAUCCAUACGUGCGGUUUCUUCCAAGGGAAAUCAGUGUUACUUAACCACUGCCAGAGUCACUGACAUUUUUCCUCAAGUAAGUCUGAACUUUGCUGGCGGUGCAUCUAUGGUUUUAGGACCACAGGACUACCUUAUACAACAGAAUUUUAAUGGUGGUGGAGCAGUGUGGUGCAUUGGCAUUCAGAAAAUUCAGGGUCAAGGAAUAACAAUUCUAGGAGAUCUUGUAUUAAAAGAUAAAAUUAUUGUUUAUGAUCUGGCUGGUCAACGCAUUGGAUGGGCUAACUAUGACUGUUCUUCGACGGUUAAUGUCUCAGCCACAACUGGCACCGGCACAAGCGAGUUUGUGAAUGCUGGGAGUGGAGAGACAGGUGGAAGCACUUCUUUACGCGAUGGACUUAGAUUGACAAAUACAGGGUUCUUGGCCUUCUUCCUUCAUAUAACACUGAUUUGCAGCCUUGUAAUUUUGUAGUAUUUGUGUAUUAUGGGAGAUAUCUAAUAUUCUUUUUCAUAUGUAUAUUCCAUUUCCAGUGUAUAUCUAUGCCGAUUGGCAGGACCACAUGUUAUUUUGAAUGUUUCUUGUGCCUCAUUUUUUAUGCACAACAGGUUUGUGAGGGUCAGCUUUAGAUGAUUCUGUUGUACACUAUCAGUGUUGUAAAUCAGAUUCUCUUAUUUAUUUUUGGCACUAUUGUAAAA